AUGCUCGCCUUCAACGUCAAGACGACCGAGCCGGUUCCGGUCGAGGAGCGGCUUCGGAGGCACGUCGACACUAGCCGGUUCCCGUCGGGACACGCCUUCCUCAAGGACCUGCAGGGCUGGCGGGAGAAGAUGCGGAGCCAGCGGUUCGGCACGAACGGCGCCGAGGCGGUUCGCGACGGCCAGCUCCGCUACUACGCGCUCGCGACGCACGCGGAGCACCACUUUCGCACCGUGGACCUGAAAAACGAGGCCAAGGUCGUCUUCCGCUGGUACGACACCUUCUCGACGAGGAGGUUCGUAGACCAGCCCGACUGGGCCUUUGAGCGCGCCAGCGUCCUCUUCAACGUGGCCGGCGCGCUCUCGUACCUCGCCACGUCGCAGGAGCGGGGCGAGCGGGGCGACCCCGAGCAGAUUAAGCUGGCGUGCCGCUACUUCCAGGAGGCGUCCGGCGUGAUCAACGAGCUGCGCAAGAUCGCGUCGAGCGCCUCGUGGCUCAGCUUCACGCCGGACAUGACCGACGAUUUUCUCGAGGCGCUCAGCUGCAUCAUGCUCGCCCAGGCGCAAAAGUGCUUCUACGAGAAGGCGGUUGCUGACGGCCGGUCGCACGCGAUCGUCGCCAAGCUGGCGGCCGAGUGCGCCGCGCUCUACCAGGACGCGGGCCUCAAGCUCAAGGCGCCGCUGCUGCAGGAGGCGAUCAGCUCCGAGUGGCUCGCCGUCGUCGACUGGAACCGCGCGCUCUUCGAUGGCGUGCAAAACUACUACGCACAGCGCGCGCUCUUCGAUGGCGUGCAAAACUACUACGCCGCGACGGCGCUCGGGGAGGCGGGCGAGUACGGCGCUUGCGUGUCGCGGCUGACGCAUGCCGUGAACCGUACGGCCGAGGCGGUCAACAUGUGCCAGCGCCACUCGGCCGCGCUGCAAAAGCAGUUUCGCGACGCGCACGCGCUGGCCAAGGACGCGCACGCCAAGGCGAAGAAGGACAACGACUCGAUCUACUUUGACCGCGUGCCGCCGUAUGCGACGCUGCCGAAGCUGCCGCGGCACGCGCUCGCGCCUCCGUCGCCCGAGAAGCCAGACAUCAUCGGCGCGGCGGCGGCCUUCGGCGCGGCGAGCUUGGACGGCACGCCUCCGCCGCCCAGCUUCGAUGAGGCGAGCAGCGCGGGGGUGGAGGACCUCGUCGCGAUGGGCUUCUCGAAGGAGGCUGCGAGCGCGGCGCUCGCCCUCUGCAAGGCGCACUGGCCCUUCACCUCUUCACCAGUGCUGACGGGUCCGUGGCCUCUGAAUCAGGCGCUCGCCCAGUGCAAGGGGUCGGUGCAAGAGGCGGCGGCGCUCCUCGUCGACUCGUGA